AUGGGUAGCGUUUGCUGUAAACCCUCUGCUAUUGAGGAUAGCAAAGAGAGUCCAAGAGAGAGGCUCUCGAGUAAGGCCUCGUCUGACUUGAGGGUAUCCAUGGCCACCUCUUCAAGGAGGGAAGAAGCAUAUAGAGUGAAAGAUAGAUACGAUAAUAAUGAUGGUAGGGCAAUGUUGAUUGAUAAGCAAGUGAAUGGGUCUAUCAGAGUGCAUGGGGGUGAGUACGUUGAUAGGAAGAGGGACAAGUCGGAGUAUGCUGUUGUUCACCACCCAGGGAUGGGCAGCAUACCGAAAGCUACUGAAGGGGAGCAGGUUGCAGCAGGGUGGCCUUCCUGGCUAGCCGCUGUGGCUGGAGAAGCAAUCAAAGGUUGGUUGCCACGGCGUGCAGAUUCAUUUGAGAAGCUGGAUAAGAUUGGCCAGGGAACCUACAGUAAUGUUUACAGGGCUCGUGACCUUGAUCAAAAGAAGAUUGUUGCUCUGAAGAAAGUAAGAUUUGAUAACCUGGAACCUGAGAGCGUUCGCUUCAUGGCCAGGGAAAUUCACAUUUUGCGUAGGCUUGACCAUCCUAAUGUAAUAAAGCUAGAAGGUCUAGUUACAUCAAGGAUGUCAUGCAGCUUGUACCUUGUGUUUGAGUACAUGGAGCAUGAUUUGGCUGGGCUUGCUUCACACCCGGGUCUGAAGUUUACAGAAGCCCAGGUGAAAUGUUACAUGCAACAACUUUUACGAGGACUUGAUCACUGUCACAGCCAUGCUGUUCUGCACCGUGAUAUAAAGGGUUCCAACCUAUUAAUUGACAACAACGGUAUCUUGAAAAUUGCAGACUUUGGACUGGCAAGUUUUUAUGAUCCUGCUCAUGUUCAGCCACUGACAAGCCGUGUCGUGACUCUUUGGUAUCGUCCUCCGGAGCUUCUACUUGGAGCUACCUACUAUGGUACAGCUGUUGAUUUAUGGAGCACAGGUUGCAUACUUGCUGAACUGUAUGCUGGCAAGCCUAUCAUGCCAGGGAGAACUGAGGUGGAGCAGCUGCAUAAAAUUUUCAAGCUGUGUGGCUCACCUUCUGAAGAUUAUUGGAGAAAAUCGAAGUUGCCUCAUGCAACUAUCUUUAAGCCUCAGCAGCCCUACAGGCGCUGUGUUGCAGAAACGUUUAAGGAAUUCCCUGCACCAGCUUUAGCUCUUAUGGAGAACCUGCUCUCCAUUGAUCCUGCAGAUCGUGGGUCUGCAGCUUCUGCUCUGAGGAGUGAGUUCUUUACAACCAAGCCACUUCCUUGUGAUCCUUCAAGCUUGCCUAAGUAUCCUCCUAGCAAAGAGUUUGACGCGAAAAUGCGAGAUGAAGAAGCUAGAAGACAAGGAGCAGCAGGAAGCAAGGGUCAGAAACCUGACAUGGAAAGAAGAGGACAAAGAGAAUCUCGAGCUGUCCCAGCACCUGAUGCCAAUGCUGAGCUAGUUUUAUCAAUGCAGAAAAGACAUGUUCAGUCAAAUUCCAAGAGCCGGAGCGAGAAGUUUAAUCCCCAUCCGGAAGAAGUUGCUUCUGGCUUCCCAAUUGAUCCACCUAGACCAUCACAGGCUGCAGAAUCAAACAUGGAUCCUCAGGGGCAUCAGCAUAAGAGAGCCUCCCAUUCUGGGCCACUGUCUCACCGUGCUGCAUGGACAAAGGCUGGUAGAAACCCUGACGAUGCUCCUAAGAUUUCCACGGGGGCUGACUUGUCAACAAUGUCAAGCUUAGUGGCAACACGGAGGAGUUUAUUAUCUGAAGAUCGCAGGGAAAGGUCUGGCCUAUCACAACCAGAAGCUUCAAAACUAAUGGCAAGGUUUCCAGGAUCCUUCAAGGAAACCUCAGAGUCCUUCACCCAACAGGAUCCAAAGCAUUUGUCACAGGGUGUUGCAGGUUCCCAUCAAAAGGAAGAUGGACGAAAUAGCAGUAAAGAUCCAGUCCUUCUUGGCUAUGGGUCAAAGGGUCACAAAAUUCACUAUUCUGGCCCAUUGAUAGUUCCAUCAGGGAACGUGGAUCAGAUGCUGAAGGAUCAUGAUCGCCAUAUCCAAGAAGCUGUUAGACGAGCACGCCUUGACAAGGCAAAGCAUUUGUAUUGGCCACAAGAUGUAGAGUAUCUGGAUGAUGCGAAACGUAAAAUUAUCCAACGAUGGCCACUCCCUCCUGCAAACCAUACAAUGACUGAUGACGAGGAUGGUGCAUGGUUAAGAUUGUGGGAGCACUCAUAUUGGCCUUUGAAAGGUCUAAGUGCAAAAAGGUACCAAUUUGCAAAGUCAACGUUGACCCUUCAAGAUGUGGCUGGAUGUAUCAUUAUCCUCCCAAAACGAAAUGGUGCACGCACUAUAAGUUGCAACUACAAGACUGGUUUUGAGGUCACAUUUAGCGGUUUCAGUUCUUCAGGUUUGUUGCUUUAUGGCACUGCAGAACUAGGUUCACUUUCUCUCGCCACAGACACCACAUUUUCCAUUGGUAGAGCCCUAUACCACUUCAAGAUUCCCACAAGAUACCCGAACACUUCAAAGCUUAUACCUUUCUCCUCCUCUUUCACCUUCGCCAUCACCCCAUUCUCCCUGGUUGGUCUAACAGGAUCAGAAAGAUCCAUUCUUGGUGCUACUACAGGAUGGUUGCAGUUGUCUCAUGAGAAGGGGGUAAACAUGGAGGGCUCAUCUGAGUCUGCUUGGCAGAAAUCUGAUAGUUAUAGGGGAUUUAAUACUUCAGUGGUCUCCAACAGGAAUCUAAGAUCUGCAUCUCACAAUUUUGGGUUUAGAAAGGAGACUGAUAGGGUUGUUCUGGCGCGCCAAAACCUGAAAAACCAGGCUGAUACUUUAUCAGGGGUUUGUGAGGAUGAAGCUGCAGUUGAUCAUUUUCUCCGAACCAUAGAAUGGAACGAUAUUAGCUUGAGGCAUUGGUUGGACAAACCAGAACGGUCUGUUGAUGAAUUUGAAUGUUUGCACAUAUUUAGGCAAAUAGUUGAAGCUGUAAAUGUGGCACAUUCACAGGGAAUUGUUGUUCAUAAUGUCCGGCCUUCUUGCUUUGUUAUGUCAUCAUUUAACCAUGUCUCCUUCAUCGAGUCCGCUUCUUGCUCAGAUUCUGGGUCUGAUUCUUUGGAGGAUGGAUUGAAUAGCCAAACUAUGGAGGUUAAAAACUCAUCUUCUUCUUUCCCCCAUGAUAUGUGCCAGCAGAGAAGUAGGUUCCAAAGUGAAGAUUUUUUACCUGCAUCUACUCCAACUAAUGCUUUAUCAGAAGCCAGUUGCAUGCAGUCCAGCUCAGUUUAUGCAGCGGAUGUACCAUUAGGGGAAGAAACAGAAGAAAAUAAAGUCCGUGAUAUGAUGAAUGUUGAAUAUGAAGAAGAAAGGAAACAGCCAUUUCCAAUGAAGCAAAUAUUGCUUAUGGAGUGCAGUUGGUAUACCAGUCCUGAAGAGGUUUCUGGUUCAACAUGCUCCUGCGCUUCAGACAUCUACCGGUUGGGUGUUCUUCUUUUCGAGUUGUUCUGCCCAUUCACUUCAAGGGAAGACAAGAGCAGAACUAUGUCUAGUCUUAGACAUCGACUUCUUCCUCCUCAGCUGCUGCUCAAGUGGCCAAAAGAAGCUUCAUUUUGCUUAUGGUUACUGCACCCUGAGCCAAGUAGUCGGCCAAAAAUGGGUGAAUUGCUGCAAAGUGAGUUUCUUACUGAACAAAGAGACUAUUUGGAAGAGCGUGAAGCAGCAAUAAAGCUUAGAGAGAGAAUAGAGGAGCAGGAAUUGUUGCUUGAAUUCCUUUUAUUGAUACAACAACGACAACAGGACGCAGCUGAUAAGUUGCAAGAUACUGUUUCUCUUCUAUGUUCUGAUAUUGAAGAAGUUACAAAGCUUCAAAUGUUUCUUAAGAAAAAGGGGGGCACAUAUAAAGAAAGAGGAGAGGGCGAUCAUUUAGCAUCAAAUCUCCCUUUGGUGAACGUUGUUGAUAUUGAUGAUUAUUCUAGGUCGGGUUCCCGAAAACGAUUUUGCCCAGGCCUUCAGAUUCACAAUGUAGAGGAAUGUGAUGAUAAUCUGGAUGAAGGUAGGAACUCAGAUACAUUUGUAGAAUUAGAGGAAAGUCCUCUUUUUAGAAGUUCUCGAUUAAUGAAGAACUUUAAGAUAUUAGAGUCAGCAUAUUUUUUGACAAGAUCCAGACCAGUCAGGCCACCAGGGAAACCACCAUUUGUUAGAAAUUCUCCAGUAAGUAGUGAUGGAAGAGGUUCUGUUGUUGUGACUGAAAGAAGCUCCAUAAAUAGUUUAGCACCAAAGGAACGGUUUAUUGAGGGUAGACAAAGUGGAUGGAUAAGUCCAUUCCUGGAGGGUUUGUGCAAGUAUCUAUCUUUCAGUAAGUUAAAAGUGAAGGCUGACCUGAAGCAAGGGGAUUUGUUGAACUCUUCAAACCUGGUCUGCUCUCUUAAUUUUGACCGUGAUGGAGAAUUUUUUGCUACAGCUGGUGUAAAUAAAAAGAUAAAAGUAUUUGAAUGUGAUACAAUUAUAAAUGAAGCUCGUGAUAUCCAUUAUCCCGUUGUUGAAAUGGUAAGUAGGUCAAAGCUAAGCAGCCUAUGUUGGAACAGCUAUAUUAAAAGCCAAAUUGCUUCAAGUAACUUUGAGGGUGUGGUGCAGGUAUGGGAUGUUACAAGGAGUCAAGUAGUAACAGAAAUGAAAGAGCAUGAGAGGCGUGUUUGGUCCAUUGACUUUUCAUCAGCAGAUCCAACAAUGCUGGCUAGCGGGAGUGAUGAUGGUUCUGUCAAGCUAUGGAGUAUCAAUCAGGCAAUGCUACUUUUGCACUUGGUGGAUGUCAGCUUUGAAACUAAUUGGAGUAAGUAUUGGUUCCAUCAAAACAAAAGCCAAUGUUUGCUCUGUUCAGUUUCCCCGGAUUCGAGUCGUUCUAUUGCAUUUGGUUCAGCAGAUUAUAGAAUUUAUUACUAUGAUCUUCGUAACUCAAGAGUUCCUCUGUGUACAUUGAUUGGACACAAUAAAACUGUGAGUUAUGUGAAGUUUAUAGACAAGACCAAUCUUGUUUCUGCAUCCACGGAUAACACGCUGAAGCUCUGGGAUUUGUCAAUGGCCACGUCUAGGGUUAUUGACACCCCCUUCAAUCCUUCACAGGCCACACGAAUGUAA